AUGGCUGUUUCAUCUUCUUCUUGUUCUCUUUUGCUCCUUUUUCUUGUCCUUGCUUUUGCUGCUGCAGCACCCAAGGAUUACUUGCUUGGUGGUAAACCUGAUGCUUGGAAGGUUCCAUCCUCUGAAUCUGACUCUCUCAACAAAUGGGCUGAAACUGUUCGUUUCCGCAUUGCAGAUCAUCUCAUUUUUAACUAUGAAGCUGGAAAAGACUCUGUUUUGCAAGUGAGCAAAGAGGAUUAUGUCAGCUGCAACACCUCAAACCCAAUCAAGAAGUACAAUGAUGGGAAAACAAAGGUGAGAUUUGAUCAUUCUGGUCCAUACUACUACAUAAGUGGAGAAAAGGGUCACUGUGAAAAGGGUGAGAAGGUUAUUGUGUUGGUUGUAAGCCAAAGAAGUUCAAGUGCUGCUCCUGUUUCACCUGCAUCUGCUCCUUCACGAGGUAGUGGUGUUGAAGGGCCAGCUGUUGCUCCAAGUCCAACUAGUGGUGCUGAUGUUUUGCAAGGUGGGGGUGUUUUGAUGGCUGUGGGAGUGGUGAUUGCCAUGUUGGUUUUCUGA